AAAUAAAAACCACAUUCUUCUCUGUUCUAUGACUAUAUCCUGACAGCAACUUGACUUAGAUCUCAAAAAUAUUGAUUAUCACCACCAUUACCCUUAGAUCUCUCCAAUCUUUUCAUCAAUCCAAUCACGGUGUUUGUCACUCUGACUGCCACAUACCCACCCACCAUGCCUUCUAGGGUUUUCAUUCUCCCUGUCAUUGGGACAAUACAACAGUUCAAAUCCUCACUCUGUCACACCAUUCUCUGAUUCACACUCCACACCAUACCCACCAAAAAAAGCAUGGAUCUUGGGUGCCACCGUGUCAAACCCACUUCAGUUUCUCAGUCUCGUGAACUCUGUUCUCUGAAAACGGUGGAGGGUGGUGUUGGUGGUGUCUGUUGAGUGUUCAAUUGGGGAUUCCUUGAUUCUUCUUCUGGAAUCUGAAAUUGCAGGGUGCGUUUAUCAAUUUUUGGGAAAUUUUUACAAAAUGAUUUCUUCAGGAAUUAACUUGGUGAUGACUGUGAUUGGGUUUGCGGUGAGCACCAUGUUCAUUGUUUUCGUCUGCACCAGGCUCAUCUGCGCUCGAAUUCACUUGAAUGCUUCAAGGAGAUCCUUUCCCAUAAUUGCUUCCAGAUCCAAUCUCAGCAUGAUGGAGCGAGGUUGCCAUGGUCUUGAACGCAUAGCUGUAGCUAAAUUUCCAACAAAGAAGUACAGUGACAAGUUUUUUGCUGCUGCAGAAAAUUCUCAAUGCACAGUCUGCCUUUCAGAGUACCAAGGGGAAGAUACACUGCGAAUCCUCCCUUAUUGUGGACACUCCUUCCAUGUGAUCUGCAUAGACUUAUGGCUGCAGCAGAAUUCCACUUGUCCUGUUUGUCGAAUAUCACUGCGUGAAUUUCCUGAGGGAAAGCGAUUGAUGCAACCCUUGUUCAGCUCUUCUUUGCAACCUCAUUAUGGCAUUGAAUCCUUUGACACUCAUCAUUAUCACUGCAUGAUGGCUGACACCGGAUUGUCGUCAAGAGCCCCUGAUAACCAUGGUGUGAAUCCUACAGACGAGGAUCAUUUUCCAUCCGAGGGUGGUGGAGCAGUUGAUAUGGACAAUGUCACCCGUUUAAGUCAGGGUGAUUUCAUUAAAGAUGAAAGGAAGAAGCAUGUUGAGAGCCCAUCAAAUUUCCAGAUUUGAUCUGCUUCAUGGAAGUUGAAGCUUCAAUUUGAUACUUUCAAGUCACAUAUUGAUUGAAGUUAAUGUUCUAAAAUUGGAGUGAAAUGCAAUAGCAUCCUGAAGGAUGGUUAACAUCUUUUCUUUUAUUUUACUGUAUAUAUAGCAGAAAGCUCCCUCAACUCCUUUAUUCUCUUCCUCUUUCUUUCUUUCUUUCUUGAUCCUCAAUACUAGCUAGUAUUUGAUACUCCCUCCUUCUCUCUCUCUUUCCUUCCGAAUUGUAGUAGUUGCAAGACAAGAAUUAGUUGAAGAUCAAGUAGAGAUACAGCUGUGUCUUUCCCUCUGCACACCUUUGUAUUAAUGCAAUUCAUACAGUGCAAUCAAUGUGUCUUGUCUUUUUGUAACAUUGAGUUAUUCUAGCAAGGAUCGGUUGGAGAUUAUUUUCCUUUAUUUUUUAAGGAAGAUGCAACAAUAAUGGUUCUCAAUUUCCU